AUGGCACUUUUUACAAGAACACUAUCAAGAAGACAAGUGACCAAUCAAGUCUUUUUAACUACGUUUGUAGUAGCAUUUGCCUCUGUGGCUCUUGGGUCUGCCUUACCGUGCCCCGCUCAUUCAUUAGAUGCUGAUACACCUGUAUUGGAUGAAAAAGAUAAUAAUAUUAACAGCUCUACUCAAGAAAUAGAAAAACGUAAACUAAGACAGAAUAUGAUAACGUCUACGAUAAAUGAACAAGACUCUUCAAAUAAUACUCUCACCAAUCUCAACAAUGCGUGGUUUUGGCAAAGGAAAUAA